AGCAGGCAAGGAAGCCGGGCGCUUAGAGUCCCCUGGCUCACUCUCUCUCCUGCCUGUGUCUGCGGGGCGAGAGUGGGGCUGGUGCUGGUUCUGGUGCUGCUGCUGCUGGCUUUGCCCGGGGGAUGGAGCCUUGGAAGCAGUGCGCGGAGUGGCUGAUCGCCUGCCGGGUGCUGCCGGCCCAUCACCGGGUGACCUGGGAGGCGGCGCAGGUGUUCGACUUGGCCCAGACCCUCCGCGAUGGGGUCCUCCUCUGCCAGCUCCUCAACAACCUCAGGCCCCACGCCAUCAACCUCAAGGAGAUCAACCUCAGGCCACAGAUGUCCCAGUUUCUCUGUUUGAAGAAUAUCAGAACAUUCCUUUCAGCCUGUUGUGAAACAUUUGGGAUGAAGAAGAGUGAACUUUUUGAAGCAUUUGACUUGUUUGAUGUCCGUGAUUUUGGAAAGGUUAUUGAAACAUUAUCCAAGCUUUCUCGCACUCCUGUUGCAAUAGCUGCUGGCAUAAGGCCAUUUCCUACAGAAGAGAGUGUGAAUGAUGAAGACAUUUACAAAGGCCUUCCAGAUUUAAUAGAUGAAACUGGUGUAGAUGAAGAUGAAGAUCUUUAUGAUUGUGUUUAUGGGGAAGAUGAAGGUGGAGAAGUUUAUGAAGACCUAAUGAAAGCUGAAGCCGCCCAUCAGCCUAAAUGUCCUGAAAAUGACAUAAGAAGCUGCUGCCUUUCUGAAAUAAAACAGACUGAAGAGAAGUACACAGAAACUUUGGAGUCUAUUGAAAAGUUUUUUAUGGUUCCACUGAAGAGGUUUCUAACAACAUCUGAAUUUGAGACUGUGUUCAUCAACAUUCCUGAUUUGGUGAAAAUUCACAGAAGUUUAACACAUGAUAUUCAUGAGUCCAUUGUAAACAAAAGUGAUCAGAACCUGUAUCAAGUUUUUAUUAGCUACAAAGAAAGGUUGGUUAUUUAUGGGCAGUACUGCAGCCACGUAGAGACAGCCAUAUCUUGUUUAGACAAUAUCUCGAAGACAAAAGAAGAUGUUAAAUUGAAACUGGAGGAAUGUUCCAAAAGAGCCAAUAAUGGGAAGUUUACUCUGAGGGAUCUUCUUGUGGUUCCCAUGCAGCGAGUCCUGAAAUACCAUCUACUCCUCCAGUUCUCAGCAAUCUUUAAAUAUUUAAUGCAGUUUCUACAUUUUCAGAACCAAUCACUGUUACUCUAUGGAAGACCACAGGGUGAUGGCGAAAUAAGAAUAACAACCCUGGACAAACGGGCGAGGCAAGAUAGGCAUAUCUUCCUUUUUGACCUGGCUGUGAUUGUUUGCAAACGACGAGGUGAUAAUUAUGAAAUGAAGGAUAUAAUUGAUCUUCAGGAAUACAAAAUAACCAACAAUCCCACCACGGAUAAAGAGAAUAAAAAGUGGUCUUAUGGCUUCUACCUCAUCCAUGUACAAGGACAAAACGGGCUAGAACUGUACUGUAAAACAAAAGAUCUGAAGAAAAAGUGGCUUGAGCAGUUUGAAAUGGCAUUGUCCAACAUAAGGCCACGUUAUGCCGAAACAAGUACACAUGACUUCAAAAUGCAUACCUUCAUUCGUGUAACAUCCUGUAAAGUCUGCCAGAUGCUUUUGAGGUAAGUGUGAAAUAGGCUGAAUACUUACACCAAAGUUUGGAAGAACCAUUGUAGUGCCUAUUGAAAAUUGUCUAUCUGGGUAUCCUAUUUUCAAAUUGGCAGGACC